AUCUGGCGAUAUCAGAUCAUAUCACAAGAAGGUGUUUUCCGUAUUUUCAAUUGAUGUGCGGGAUUAUCGUAAUCGUAUCGUGAGUUGGGAUCAUUCGGAAGAUGAUUAUUACAAGUUACAGUCCAUAAUAGUAAAAGAUAUUUCUCUAGAACUGUUUAUAAUAUACACAUCAUCAGGUUUGGUCUCUUGCCCCUAUAAGCUUAAUUUUUCUCAAUUUGUACGAACCUAACCUCAAAAUGGAUGACAGCUCGCUAGAUGAAGGCCCAUCAGUAGAUUUUGGUCGUGCGACUUUAGAAAUUGCCAAAGAAAAUGAAGCUUCUCACCAAAGUCAAGGAGAGACUUCCUCCAGAAAUACUGCUCCAGAAAUUACAAGUGCCAAUAAUGUGCCCGGAGUAGCGCAGACACCAAAAAAUGUCACCACUCUACCAUUCAAACGUCUUGAUGCCCACACUUUUUUCUCAGAUAGGAAUGAUGUUGUGGAAAGAGCUAUUAAAGAUUGUACUGAUACUUUAACCAAAGAUGUAGAUGGAGAAAUCAUUGGCUGCUGGCUUUUGACACAGAUCAGUCUCUGGGAUACAGAAAAAGAAAGGCUUGUCUUAUUGACACAAAAUGCACUCUUCUCAGUUAAAUAUGACUUCAUAUCACUCAAGGCAUUGGAAUUUAGUAGAGUACCUUUGUCAGAGAUCGAUACAGUUGUAAAUGGAGAACUUGUUUACCCACCAACAUCACUUGUACCGCGAUUAAAUGGCUUAGCAGAGGGUGUAUCGUCUAUCUUUCAUAACGCUGUUCGCCAACAGUGGUCAUCCUUCACUGCACGCUCCAGUUUUGGGGAAUUUGAGUCUAGAGGACGAAAUAUGGUUGGGUUACAACUUAUGUGGAACAAAGGAAAGCCUUUACCUUUAGAAAAGAAAUGGAACCCAUUCGUUAAAAAUAUUCCGUGGCUUACAUUUGCCAGCCAUCCGUUAUUCUGGCAUAAGGGUACAGAUCUGGAAAAAAUGAAGUUUGAUGUGGAGGGAUUGCAUGCGGCGCUAGUCAGUUUAAUAGGAGAAAAUUGUCAUGUCGUUUCUAAUUCAAUCGUACUAGAAAAUUAUUUAGGUCUAGGAGCGCUGUUGCAUAAUAGAAAUGCUCUAGGAUUUUUUAAAAUUCGUGGCAAAGUUAGUUUUUAAAUCUAUCCAAGUUUUUAGGCACAUAAAAAAUGUAUUUUUUUGCUGUUCAAUAUAUCGAUUAAGUUUUCGGCAGAUAUUCAAAUGCAUAACGUUAAUACAGAAAAAGAUUCCAGUAAUUUAUUAUGAAAAUUUUCUAUUUAUCAAUAUAAAUUUAUCAUGUGUUAUAAGUAUAUGGAUGUAAUGAUAUCAGUGAAGUAUUACAAAUCCAAAAAAAUUCAAUAGCAUACAUGAUCGACUUUAAGUACAUAACGUAGCCAAAUAAAAUGGUAGGGAAAUUUUAAUGUGCUGUACGAUUAUGUUUUUCUUCUAAUUCUAUAUCAUCACAAUGACUGUUGUAACUGAUACAUAUUCAAUAUAUUUGAAAAAUGUUUAUUAGACUGGGCCAAAAAAAAUUAAGAAUUGGCCCAGUCUAACGUUUAUAUUAAUAAUUGAUAUAAUGCACACGUUUGCUUGUGUACUGUGGCAAUGCUUGUUGGCAU